ACUAAAAUAAAACAAAGCCAUCUGUGCAUUAUCCUUCAUAUUCAAACGUCAAAUGUCAAUAAGCCGAACAGUCAAACUUAUAAGUCUAUCAAAUAUUCACAUCGUCUUAAAAAGCAUAUAAAAGCGAGAAAUGCCAAAAAAGGUAAUCACAAGGCGUCAGCGCAAAGCAGCCGAGUCCAAGCAAAAGGCCGAGCAAGAAUCCAAUCAAAAUCAGCCUGGACUGAAGCCGAGCAUUGGUGAAGAUCGCGUAGAUGAAGAAAUCAGGGCUAAAAUUGACAAGCUGAUCCCGAUUCCAACUGCCGCAGCUGCACCUUCAUCCAAUGAGGCAUUGGAAACUGAAGAAGUCAAAGAGAUGACCAAGAAGAAUUCUGGCAGAAAUGGUAAGGAAGCCAUUUGGAAAACCCCGUGUUUGAAUCAAGCUAACAACAAACCAAAAGAGAAAGUACAGCUAUGUGAUGCACUGCAAAAAAUUCGAAAGCCUGGUCAGAGAAAACCCCCCUUAAAAGAAGUUAAGAAAUGUGAUUGUAAGUGCUUGGACUUUAUACAAGUACCAACUACCAGUACCUGCUGUGACCGGGACAGUGAAUCCUCUUCACAGCAGUCAAAGUUAGCAAGUAAGGAGGCAGAAGCUUCAAGCUCGUUGGUGGCCAAAUUUUGUAAGCAAUUCAAGUCGCAUUUGCAUACAGUUCUGCCAAAGCGAAACAGUGCCACUCAACAAGAGAAGGCAACAGGAGUCCCUCAACGAAACCUUCCGCUGGAGAGGAGCAACAAGGAUCUAAAGGGCGACGUGCUCAAGAACUUGGAAGCGGGUCCUUCCGGGACAUCAAACGAACCAUCUGGCCUUGCCCCGGACCAGGGAUUGGAGCCACCGAAAGUAUUCGGCAACAAGGGCUAUUUCGUGCUCACUGGGACCAAUGAUCAGUUGGCCCACCAGGUGGCCGACCUUGCGAAGAAGAACAUUGUUAUCCAAUCACAUGUUUGCCUGCCGUCAGAUAUAAUAGAAAAGGCACAAAAGCAACUCGCUGAGCUCGAGAGGAACCGCGAACAAAUUCUGGAGAAAAUGCGCAACAAGCAUGCAACUCUGGCUCAACCACCGACUUCUCGUCAAAAGGAGAAAGAAUCUAACAUGGAGUGAGCAAAUACAACCAAGUGAAUUUAAACAUUCUGAACAUUAAAUAAAGAAUCCACAGAAUGAAAGC